AUGAACGUACGGUGUAUUCCUAGCCAGUUCCUGACUACCGGCAUGGCGACCAAAGGAACAGCAGGCACCUAUCACACGACGACUGUCGAUGUCGCCAAGGGAGCCUACACCACGGUAUCACAUAUUGGCCGGAAAAGAAGUUAUGAUGACUUCUAUGGCGAGCGGCAAAAUCCAAAGGCCAUCCUUGCCAACGUCACGGAUAAAGCACGUCUCCCUCGUGCACCGGUUCAGGCAAAGUGUUUUGGGGCGUUGAAAGCCAGCGAAAUUCAAGAUCUUACCGACCAUGACCCAUCGGUAUAUUCUCAAAGGCACGGCCUGGCUUUAACACCAACCCCAACGUCUAACCCCUUGUUGGAUCUGUCCCAUCCUGUUUAUGGGUUACCCAGCCAGUUGGCCAAAAACCUUGCAUCCCUUGGUGUCAAAUCCAUAUAUCCGUGGCAAUCUGAUUGCCUUUUGCGAAGCGGAGCACUGUCCGGAGAGAAAAACCUGAUCUACACUGCUCCUACCGGAGGCGGCAAAUCCCUCGUUGCCGACAUCUUAAUGCUCAAGAAGGUGUCCUCUGGGGAAAAGGCGUUGCUCGUCCUCCCAUAUGUGUCUCUCGUACAGGAAAAGUUGCGCUGGUUGAGGAAGGUUGUGGAUGGUAUUACCAAGACGGCCGCCGCCGAUUCUUAUACUCAACAGCCCCCAUCCAUUUGGAGAAAGCAAGGGGAUGAAGACUCAAUCAGAGUGGUAGGUUUCUUUGGGGGUAGCAAGACUAAAGCUACGUGGGCGGAUAUAGAUAUCGCAGUUUGCACUAUUGAGAAGGUUAUGGCCACUAAAUGGAAUAUGAGUCCGAUGUCACUAAUACCACAACAGGCAAAUGGGCUUGUAAAUACCGCUAUCGAAGAUUGCUCUAUCGGAAAACUAGGAGUCGUCGUCAUGGAUGAACUACAUAUGCUUGAUGACGAAAGCCGAGGCUAUAUAUUGGAAUUAAUGGCCACGAAACUUCUCAGCCUGGAGCAUAGCGUGCAACUGAUUGGCAUGAGUGCUACCCUAAAUAAUACGGAGUUACUGGCAACAUGGUUAGAUAAUGCCAAGUUCUACGUUUCCAGAUAUCGUCCAGUUCCGGUUGAGGAGCACCUCGUGUUCGACAAUACUGUCUAUUCAGCGUCGACUUCGAGCGUAUUCUACAGGACAGCCACACAGCUCAACUCACAAACUCAAUGCGCCUCACCGGUAAGCCCUGAACCUUUAAGGUUAAUCAACGCCUCGCAAAUCAAGGAGUUUAGCAAUCCGGUAGUAAAUUCCGUUGUUUCUCUUGCAAAUGAGACAGCUAGGAUGGGAUAUGGGGCGCUGAUAUUUUGCAGCAGUCGAUCAGGUUGCGAGAAGGAUGCAGUACUCAUCAGUCAAGUUUUACCUAGGCCAGAUGAAGUUGAUGCAGAUGUUCUUGACAAGCGGAUAGAAUUGGUAAAUGACUUGAGAAGCACAAGCGCUGGAUUGGAUUAUACGUUGGAGAGAACCAUACCGGUUGGAGUUGCAUUUCAUCAUGCUGGUUUGACCAGCGAGGAACGCGACUUGAUUGCAGCAGCUUAUGACGAGGGAGCGAUCAAGGUUAUUGUGGCAACCUGUAGUUUGGCUGCCGGGAUAAACCUUCCAGCCAGAAGAGUAAUACUUCAUGGGGCGCGAAUGGGAAUCGAUUUUGUUGGGCCUUCUAUGCUGCGGCAAAUGAGAGGAAGAGCUGGGCGGAAAGGAAAAGACGAAAUUGGCGAAACAUAUCUUUGCUGCCAAAAAGGUGACCUCGAGGCCGUUGCCGAGCUUAUGGAAGCAGAUAUCCCGGUUGUCGAGAGCUGUUUAUUCCCCGAGAAACGAGGGAUCAAGAGGUAUUUCUCCUGCUCCGAAAUGAUGUGCUUUAAACCGCCUUUGAGUCCCGCUUACGUAGUUCAUAGAGCGUUGUUGGAGGUGAUUGCAACGAGACUAGCAACCAGCCGUGAUUCCAUCGACGAUUAUACGAAAAAGACGCUCUUAUACCACUCGAUAGACCAUGGUGAGCUUGCAGCCAUGACUAGAUUAGCUUUGGACGAUCUUUUAGAGAUAGACCUCAUUAAGGGGACCGAUGACUCUGUAUACGAAGCCACCCUCCUAGGCCAGGCUAUCGUGGCAUCGGCCCUAACACCAGAAGACGGUCUAUUUGUCCACAGGGAAUUAUCAAGAGCUUUACGAGGGUUUGUUCUGGACGGCGAAAUGCAUGCGUUCUACACCUUCACGCCUGUCCAUGCCCUGUCGUCUAAUAUCAACUGGCGGGUCUUCCGCACGGAGAUGGAACGCCUUGGUGAGAGCAACAUGAGGGUCCUGGAUUUUGUGGGCCUGAAGCCUAUGAUGAUUAACAAGAUGGCACAUGGCGGUACCAUGAGGGAGACAACCGCGCAAGAAGUAGAAACUGCCCGGAUAUACAAGCGUUUCUACUCCGCAUUACAGCUUCGUGAUAUUUGCAAUGAGAUGCCUAUCCAUGCGGUGGCCCGCAAAUAUGAUCUGCCACGAGGGAUUGUGCAAAAUUUAGCCCAGGCAUGUCAUGGAUUUGCCGCUGGGAUGAUUAAGUUCUGCCAGCGGAUGGAAUGGGGAGGCCUCGCUGCCAUUCUUGACCACUACUCAGACAGACUUAAAGCUGGAGCUAGAUUAGAUCUACUUGCCUUGGCCGAGAUCACCUAUAUCAAAAGCCGGACGGCGCGGAUAUUCUGGGAGAAUGGAUAUAAGACCGUAGGUGCUGUGGCAGCCGCAGACCUAAAAGAGCUUCUCUCUGUUCUCUUAUUAGCUCAACCGAAGAAACCCCUAUUAGACUCAGCCAGUGAAGAGAAGUAUAUCCAAAAAUUACACAAGAAGGUAGAGAUCAUCUCACGAUCCGCAAAUAAACUCUGGGAGCGGCAGAUGCAGGAAGACCUUGAUGGGGAGGAGUGA